AUGUGGUUGUGUGAUCCUUUUCUGCUGUUUGAUUUGAAAGGAUUGCUCCUUUUUAUUUUUGGGGUUCUCCUUAUGAUGUAUUUGCUGAGCAAAAAGGAUCCACCCAACUUUCCUAGAGGACCUCCAUCUCUACCUCUUCUGGGAAACGUUUUCAGCAUUGAAUCUAAACAGCCUCACAUUUACCUUACCAAGCUCGCUGAUGUUUAUGGACAUGUUUUCUGCAUACGUCUUGGUAGACACAAAACUGUGUUUGUGUCAGGCUGGAAAAUGGUGAAAGAAGCCAUAGUAACACAGGCUGAGAACUUUGUGGAGCGACCUUACAGCCCGAUGGUGACAAGAAUUUAUUCAGGGAACUCGGCUGGUCUUUUCUUCAGUAAUGGGAGUGUGUGGAGGACACAGCGGCGUUUUGCAAUGGCUAUAUUACGUACCUAUGGUCAUGCCAAGAGCUCAAUGGAGCAGAGAAUCUGCGAGGAGAGUUGUUAUCUGCAGGAGUCGAUGGAGAAGGAGAAAGGUGUGCCUUUUGAUCCUGUGCCUCUAUUAAAUUACGCGGUGGCCAACAUCAUCUGCCAGAUUGUGUUUGGGAGACGCUUUGACUACACUGACAGAAACUUCCAGAACAUGCUGAACAAUCUGACGGAGAUGGCCUAUCUAGAGGGCUCCAUCUGGGCUCUCCUUUAUGAUGCAUUCCCAGUGCUGAUGAAACACCUGCCAGGGCCGCACAAUGACAUCUUCAGCAACUACAAAUGUUUGGAGGCAGCUAUCCAAGUCGAGGUUGAGAGACACAAGUUGGAUCUGGACCCCAGCAACCCACGAGACUACAUAGAUUCCUUUCUGAUAGAGAAACACAACAGAAAUGGCGAGCUGGGUUUUGAUGAUGGUAACCUGGUUUUAUGUUGUCUGGAUCUGUUUCUGGCUGGAAGUGAAACCACUUCAAAAACGUUGCAGUGGGGCCUCGUCUACUUGAUCAACAACCAUCAUAUUCAGGUCAAAGUCCAGGCAGAAAUAGAUGCCGUGAUCGGAACGACUCGCCAGCCCACCAUGGCCGACAAACACAACAUGCCCUACACGGACGCUGUGAUCCACGAAAUCCAGAGGAUGGGAAAUGUAGUUCCUUUAAAUGGACUCAGAAAGGCCACCAAAGAUACAAUGCUGGGAGGUUUCUUGAUACCAAAGGGAACCUCCGUGAUGCCCAACCUGACCUCUGUAUUAUUUGAUAAGAAUGAAUGGGAAACUCCUGACACCUUUAACCCUCAACACUUCCUGGAUGCUGAUGGAAAGUUUGUGAGGAGGGAAGCAUUUUUACCUUUUUCUGCAGGAAAGCGUGCAUGUCUGGGCGAAGGUCUGGCAAAAACAGAGCUGUUCCUGUUUUUUGUCAGUUUGUUUCAGAAGUUUGAUUUUUCGACCUUGGAUGGAGUUGAGCUGAAAACGGAAGGAAUCACUGGAGCUACACGCACGCCUUUUCCCUUUAAGAUCUACGCAAAAGUCCGCUGA